CGGUCGCAUUGUUCUCCAAAACUAGCGAAUAAACGGUUACUCCCCUAUAUUCGCUUUACGGGUACGUACCGCCAAGCAGGGUGUGGUUUAUCAGACAUUUUAUUCCGGAACAGGAAUGAAAAUAUACUGCGGCAUUCAACUGGUCCUUGGCCCUUCGUCGGUCACGAGAGUGAUGUACGUACUCUUAGACCAAUACGGAAGAAACACACAGCUGCGUCGAAAUCAAUACUUAAAGAAUCGAGAAAUUGUUUGAAAGCAAWGAGUGGAAAGAGAAUUGGCCAUGUAACCGUGCCUUAUUGAUUCCAAAAUGGCGGGAGCAAGCUCUUUUGUUUYGUGGUUCGUAAACUUCAGAAAUCCUAUAGAUAUAUGGAACARUCAUCCUACAUUUUUACUGUGCGAAGUGGUAUACCUCCUACUGGCAGUAAUGACAUUCAUUCAUGCUAUUCGUCAUGGAGGAUGUUACCUGAUGUUGUGGAUCGCAACAAUUCUUCAUGGAUUGACGACAGAAUGUGUUUCCUACUUCGUCCCUGAUGUSGAUAAUUUUUGGCAUGCCCAGUCUACAACCAUGUUUAUUGAAAAGAGACUUCCAUUACAUAUUUUUCUAUUCUAUCCAGCAACAAUGUACACAGCAUCAGUGGCYGUAUCAARAUUAAGGCUUCCUUUCAGUGCASAGCCUUUUGCAGUAGGUCUUGCAGAYGUCCUUCUUGACUUUCCAUUUGAUAUCAUGGGAAUUAAACUCCUUUGGUGGACGUGGCACGAUACUGAUCCUAACGUCUUUGACCGACAUUAUUACGUACCCUGGACAAGCUAUAUCUUUCAUAUGUCAUUUGCGUUUAGUYUGACUUUUAUUUUCCAUGGGACAAGGAAGAUUUUUAUUGGUGCAGAGAUGUAUCAGCCAUCAGCAAGCUGGUUCAAAGAAGCUCUUUGUGCCAUAAUCACUGGGCUUUUCUCUAUGCCAUUUGCUGUCCUCCAGUUUGUGAUGUUUUACCAUCUACCCCAUGAURUUUAUGGCAUUCACACAGAAGUUCUUGUUUGUGUGAUGGUCAUGGUGUAUGCUUUGGUUGUGUGGAGGUCAGAUAGGAACYCUGCAUUAAAUAGUAGAGAAAAAGCUACAUCCAAUAAGAACACAAAAGGUUCCAAAGAGUCAAGUAGCAAAGUAAAUGAGAUUAGUUUUAAUGUAAUUUUGGUAUUUGUAUUCUACAUCUUCUUGGUCAUUUUUGCUAAACCACAAAAUGAAGUUUCAGUUGGACUACAUCAGGAGGUUGGYAACUGUUCCCAUGAAACAGCUGUGCAUACUCCAUUAGGACAGGUAUUGCRCAAGAAAACAUAUUUAUGCACCAGCAACUAUGAUGAGGAAUACUUUAAUUGGCAUUGUUUCAAASAUGGCCGACCACCAUUACCAGGAAGUAAAUGGUACCCUAUUUGUGGUACCCCAUAUCCAAACCAUGCAGAGUAUAUUUUAGUAGUUAUAGCAUUCUGUGUGUUGGGAUUAAGUGUUUAUUAUCAAAUGUUGUGGUGUUCUGUUGAGCAAGGGAUAAAGCUUAAGAAAAGCUAGGUAUGAAAAACAAAAGAAAAACAAAAAGCAAAAUGGAACAAAAGAAACAUUAGAAUGCAAGCAAAGAAAAAAUAACAAAAUGAAACAAAAUUUGGCAAAACCAUAAAUCAAAAACAACAGAUAUAUCUAAUGAAUUAAAGUAUUUCUAGUACAUUCAAACGUCAUACAAAAUGAAUGUUGGAAUGAGAUCUAAGGCCGUUACUCUAGUAUAGUAUUGCAUGACAAACUUCACAAUGCUUAUACUUAAGAUAUAUCAAGAAUAUGCUUUAGUUUUUUAGAGGAUUUUUUCCCCAAAUCUAUUGAUUCUUCGAGGUUCAGUGCAUUGUAGCUAAGUAACAAUUGUAAUCAGUUAUCUUAUAUGAUAUAAAAGGCUAAAAAAGCAGACUUUGAAAUG